CCCUGUCCGUCCUGCCCUCCCCGGCCGGCAGCAUGGAGGGCGUGGAGGCGUACGGCUUCUCCGCCGCCAUGAGCGGCGCCUUCCUCGUCUCCUCCCUGCUCUUCGCGGCGUUCAACCGCCGCCUGCGGGAGCCCUACAUGGACGAGGUCUUCCACGUCCCCCAGGCACAAGCUUACUGCCAUGGCAGCUUCCUGCAGUGGGACCCCAUGAUCACGACCCUGCCGGGUCUGUACCUGCUGUCGGUCGGUGUGGUGAAACCCGCAGCGUGGCUCUUCGGGUGGACGGGUCCCAUCGUGUGCUCCACAGGAAUGCUCCGCUUUAUCAACCUCCUCUUCAGCGCUGGCAACUUCUACCUGCUCUAUUUACUGCUCCUAAAGAUUCACCAGAAAAAUAAGGCUGUGUCUGGUUUCCAGAGAAUUUUGUCUUCAUUGACUCUUGCAAUAUUUCCCACCCUUUAUUUUUUUACAUUCCUUUAUUAUACGGACCCGGGAUCAGUAUUUUUUACUCUCUUUGCAUAUUUAAUGUGCCUUUAUGGUAACCAUAAAGCUUCAGCCCUGCUCGGAUUUUGUGGCUUCAUGUUUCGCCAGACAAAUAUUGUGUGGACAGUUUUUUGUGCUGGAAAUGUUGUUGCAGAGAAGCUGAAUGAAGCCUGGAAGACAGAGUUACUGAAAAAGAAAGAUGAAAAGGUCUCUGCCAUGAAAGGAUCGUUUCCAGAUCUGAUCAGAGUAUUGAAGUUUCUUAUUGAAUAUCUUACAUCACCUAAAAACUUAGUUACGCUUGUUGCUUUGACUUGGCCAUAUAUAAUAUUAGUCACUGCGUUCUUUGUUUUUGUCUUCGUCAAUGGUGGGAUAGUUGUUGGUGACAGAAGUAGCCAUGAAGCCUGUUUGCACUUUCCUCAGCUGUUCUAUUUUCUGUCCUUUACUGUCUUUUUUUCCUUCCCUCACUUACUGACCCCUACUAAAAUCAGCAAAUUCCUGCUGUCGUUGCGGAAACACCCCGUGCAGUACGGCUUAAUCACCAUCAUCUCUUUAUUCCUGGUUUGGAAAUUUACCUACGUUCAUAAGUAUUUACUAGCAGAUAACAGACAUUACACGUUCUAUGUCUGGAGAAAAAUCUUCCAAAGGCACGAACUUGUUAAAUAUGCAUUAGUUCCAGCCUAUAUAUUUGCUGGCUGGAGUUUUUUUGAUACCCUAAAAACAAAGCCAGUAUUCUGGACCUUAAUGUAUUUUGUGUGCUUAUUAGCAGUCACCGUUCCUCAAAAGCUGCUAGAAUUUCGUUACUUUAUUUUGCCAUUCUUAAUAUACAGGCUCAAUAUUCCAUUUCCCUCUCUUUCCAGACAACUCCUUGAGUUGGCUUUUUAUAUUGCUGUGAACGUGGUAGCUUUUUUUCUUUUUCUAAACAAAACAUUUCAAUGGCCAAAUAGCGUGGAAGUCCAGAGGUUUAUGUGGUGACUUUUUUUUUUUUUUUUAACCUUCAUACCUUGAGGAAAAGCCAGUACCAUUUCAAGGCUGUGCACUCUGGAAUGACGUACUGUGUUUUGCAUUAUGUAUGAACAUUUUUGCCCCAGUGGGGAUUGGGGAAGGAAGGAAGUUGCAUAUGUUCUUGGAACUGAAUGUGAGGUCUGGUAUCUCGUAAAGUGAAGGUAUUAUAAAUACUGAAUUUCUGAGCUCCUGGAAUUAACAAAUUCAGUAGGAGAGGAAAUUUGAGAACACUUUCCAGUAAUUAAUGUGAAAUAUGGGGGAUGUUUACAGUCAUUUCGCAUUAUAAUAUAUUCUCUAAUGUACUUAAAGAUAUGACAGUUGAUGUUUCAGAGGCUUCUCUUUAAAACAGAGUACCUAAGUGUUUAACCUCCUUGUUACUUCUGGGUGCAUGUUUACUCACUGGAACGGGCCGCUUCCAUCUACGGCUGCUAAAGGUCAAGGUAUGAAACACUGCUAAAGUAUAAUGUUUGCAAAAACACCUACGUCCCACUGAAUUUUCAUGAGUUUUUUUGUCAAUAAACGCUUACAUUAGUUUUGCAAACAGAAUGUAGGCUCUUUAAUGAUUAGGACAUUUGGAAAAUUUUACUUCAAACUGAUAUUUAGAAAAUACAGUGGAAGCUGUAUGCAUCUACCUUCGUUGGGGGAAUAAAUGUUAUUGUACAACAAAAGAUAAAUUGCAGUUGAUAAUGUGGCCUAUUAGAAGGGGAGCAAUUUAUGUGUGUCAGACUGAAAUGUGUCGUUACACAGUGGAAUGCGGUAUAAUGAAUACCCUUCCAAAUAAUAAGGCUUUUAUGUCCUGAAGUUCUGUGCUUGCAGAUUUGUAUUGAAGUGUAGGAUAUGAGUACACUCCCAAGUUGAACUUGGUGUUUCUAAGAUCUUUGCCGUGCAAUCUUAAAUAAGCACUAAUGGCAUUACUGAAUUGUUCUUUUAAAUGUUUUUCUUAUAUGUACAAAUCUAAUGGAACAAGGGAGUAUAUAUUUUGUUUUACAAAGGUAAAAUACAAUGUAUGUGAUUUUUUUAAAGCAUCUAGCACAUUAUCUUCAGAAUAAAAGAAGUUUGAGUACUGUAAUGGUUCCUGUCAGUAAAUGUCUUUAAUUAGACUAAAAAAUAUUUGAUCACCUCAAGUUAACAGUUGAGCGGUUUUAUAAAUAUAACUAAAUUACGUGCUGGGGAGAUGCAAAGCUUCACAUACUGUUUAACAUCUCUAAGGUCUUUCUUGCCCUGUAAUGAAAAUACUGCAGUCACAUCUAUGCAAACAUAUUAUCUUAUUGCCACUCCAGUCACUCUGAAAUGGAAUUGCGCUUCGAAAGGUCAGUACUCACAGCAGUGCUGUUAUUUUUUGUUUUCUUUAUAGUAUACAGAUCAAUGUUCUGGCUCUGAGCCCUUCUCUGUACUAACACCAUGAAGAGCGUGCUUGGCUUGGAUCCUCCUGUCCACUGUCUUUGCGACCCUGUUUCUUCUAAGGAAACCUUAAAGCUACUCAAUGAGUAGGUUUAUUUAUAUUGCAUUUGAAAUGUUUGCCAGGUCACUGCUUUCUUUUUGCCCUGUUGCCAGUAUGGUAAUUUGCUGACAACGUGCGUACAAUAGGGAAAGCAAUUUUCCAUCACUCCCUGUUUGGCUUUAUAUCAAGCUGACAGGCCGAGAGAAGCCUGAAUUGGUUUGCUUUUCAAGCAUCCAGCAUGGUUCUUGCAGAAGCCAGGAUGCUGUGCAGUGAUUUUAUUAUGAUGGGUUUGGGGGGAAGUCUUGCAUGCCUUCUGCAUCCAGUUUUGUUUUUCUAUAACAUUACAAAAAUGUAAACAAGGUAAAGAGCAUAUAUGCAUGUUUCAGUGCAACUGCAUUUGUGUCCUCAACUUGUGGUACUGAAUGAGUUGGAAGGGCAACGUGGGAAGUGAUGGGGCCCUGGACAGUAUUUUGACCUGUCUUCAAGAUCUCUGAAUUUUUUGGCUUAUAUAGAGGAGCUGUUGUUCAUUUCCUUGACAAAGUGAAAACAUUCCUGUAUUUCUAUAGGGCACGGCUGUUUUAUUUUGUCCAUGAUGUCUAUCCAUGUUGGUAUUUGAAUGCCUUUAAUCAACACUGUUAAUGAUAAGAGUGCUUAUGCUUCAAACUUACCCUCAACUGAGAUAGCAGCCAUGUUUCCUCUGAAAAGAAAUUAGUUUAGAUAAAUACUAUUUAAUGCAACUAAACAUUUAUUUCAUAAAGAAAAGUGAAUGCAAAAGACCCACAAAUGACCAUGAUAAUGACUAAUGACCAUGUUAAAAGAUACUGGAAAAAUUACAUAGAGAGAGGUUUCUGUGAGCUGUUUUAUUAGUUUGUUUUUUUAAGAACGUUGUAAGACAGCAUAAUACUUUAUAAUGGGAUUCACCAAUGUACUUGUAUAUUUUAAUGUAACUGUACAAUUCUUCUCAAUGUUUUUUGUGAAGUUAAAUCAGGCUGAGUUGAAAUGAGUUACAAGUUAUAAUAAGAAAUAGGAAAAUCCAUGAAUUAUUAAAACAUGAAAGAAGAAAUUUGUUUUUGGAGUAAAGCUGUAUUUUCACUUUUGCUGAUGAGCCAGAGGGACUUUACAGGUAACAUUCAAUAUUAGUCUGAUUCAGUUUCAUAAAUCAAGAUGGUUGUAAUUACAUUAUGAUUAAUCGCAAAGAAAGUGUUUCCUAGACAUUCCAGAAGUAUCAGUAGCAGUUUUAAAAUCUAGAUAUAAGAAUUCGUUUAACAUACUUGGAUAAUCUUGGAGCAUCUCUUGGAAAAUUUACCUUAGUAUUUUGCUUCUGCAAUAUUUCCAUUGUGGCUGUUUGUAAUGCAUGACCUAGUCGGUGCAGAGACAUGCAGAAAGAGCUGUGUUUAUCCUGGUUUUGUUGCCAUGGUCUUCUAGCUUCAGGGGGAAUUACUUCUGGUUAAUUCCUGCGCUGGUGUAAAUUGGCAAUGAAAUUACUUCCAACAGCAUUAAAACAAUUAUCACUGUAAAUUUUAUUAAUCAGCUAUCCAUUUAGAGAAAAAAGCUGCAGUAAUUUGUUGAAAUGUAAUGUCUGAGAUUAAAAGAAAAUGCUGCUAACAAUUUUAUAAUUGCCAUUGAAAAAUAAAGGCUCAGGUUGUUUUCCUGAGACAGAAAGAAGGUGAUUUUUCAAUCAUUCUCAGAAGAACCCAAGCAGAGAACUGAACAGCCGCAGUGUGGCUGAAUUGUUUUGAGGUGAAAAACACAAGAAAAGUAAUGGAAAACUUUUGAAGUUACAUAUAGGUGGUUAUUUGGGAAGGUAGGUAGAUUGUUUGUAAACAGUAAUCUGUAUUUCUGUUAUUUGUGAGUAUUCUGUAUUGGUUUUGUUCCUCUAAAGUCCUUUGACAACAUGUUUGUGUUCAAAAUUAGUAUGAAUUUUACACCAAAAGCAAUAUGUGCAUGCUGAAAGAUUUUUUUUUACCUAUUCCUUUGAUUGCGAGUAGGUAAACCAAAAGGAUUACUUCUGUUAAAAUACUGUAGGAAAGUCUUCCAUAGUCUAGAGGCAGACUGUUGAUUUUUGCUCCCUGAAUGCUGGUUUGCAUUUUUUCGCAAGGUGGCAGCCUUGUGCCAUCCUGUUGGGGUGACCAACUGCUUAAUGUAAUGCUGCUUGAAAUCACAGCAUCAGGUUUCUUAGCUUGGCUAUUUCCUGAGAAUUAGAAAACUUCGAGUUCUGUCAUGGCUGAGUGCUUGUUUCAGUAACUGGUUUAGCUAAAAUGUUCAUGUUUUUAAUUAUCAAUUUAGAGUGUAUGAUAAGUUUUAGAAGAAGCACUGGUUUUGCUCAUCUUUAAAAUGUAUUUGAUAUUUUUAUUUGAUAUUUUUAUUUAUUUAUCAAGUUUUCACAUCAGGUCUUAGAUAACAAAAAUGAAAUCUGAAAGCUUAUUCUUGACAUGAUGUCAAUAUUUUAAACACUACACUUGCUUAGAAAGUUAGGAUUUCCUUCUGCUGUUUUAUUACCGACUUUCACAGAUUGUUAUUUCCUUCAUAUGGUCCAUUAAUUGCCAUUUAAAAUAAGAAAAAUACAUUGGAGGACAAACUGAGGAAGGCAAAGUAAUUAUACUUCUGAGACUGACACAUGGUGAUUUUCUGAAAUAUUCGCUCUUUUUGUUAGAUGAUGCACAUACGAAAUACAAAUGUUCAAAUGUCUGUUAGCCCUGUAGUAGUUGACACACAGCAUUUUAUAUGCAUCAUCUGCUUUUUGUGUAAUGAAAAAGUCUGUAGCCAGAAUCCAUGAAAAUAACUGCUUCCAAUUACCUCAAAUUCUGUGUUUCUAUUCACUGCCCUGUUUUUUUUGUUUUCUUUCCUUAAAAAAGCUUUGCUUUCCUUGUUGGGUUGUAUACACCUUUUAUUUUUGAGUCAGUGACAUUUGUACGUCAGCUGAGAUGUCUUUUAUAGGAAAGAAACCCACAAGACUCUUAAAAGUAUGCUUUAGAUGAAUCCAGAGAACUGGUUUUUACUAGCAAACAUCAUUUUGCAGACAAAAGGAAUCUGUCCAUGAGACAGAAAUGCUAACCUAGCUGGCAACCUGUAGCUAAAAUGUCCUUAAUUUGUGAGUUUUUGUCACUGGGCUUUGUGCUUAAUCUCAGAGUGUGCUCAGGACCUCAUGCUGUUCCUUAGCUCUGGGGAAAGUUGGAAUUUCAGGAGCAGGAAGCAAAAGGGAAAGGAUUGCUACAGCCGAUUGCUGUUGCAACACUACCAGCAGCAGGCAUGGAUGGGAUGCUCUGGGGCACUGCUGCUCUGAGCAGUGCUCUGUAGCUCAGGUUAAGCUUGUAUGUGGUGGUGAGGGAGAGAGGUUUGCCAUGCCUGAGGGAAAAUGUCUUCUCCACAUGAAGGAGAGGCUGCCUGUUGCUGGAGCUGGCCUGAUCACUGGUAGAACGGUCUUGGUAAACUUGGGAAUUAAUUGGUUUAUCAAACGAUGUUUCUGGUACUUAGGUGUGGAUCUAUAACUUUAAGGUUUUCAAGAAAUGCGAGCCUACUUGAAUUGCACCCCUAUGCCAGUAGUGGGGAAGGGGUUGCUUUUGUUUUCAGAUCAUUUGUUGUCCAGAUACUCCGCUGUAUUUAUAAAGCAAAAAUCGUCAUAUCUUAAAAAAAAUAAACACUUUGAAAACA